GCCAUUACGUAACCGUAGAUAUCGUUCACAUUAAUGUGAACUUUACUGUAAAAAUAGUGGGUAGGAUACACAAUAUAUACGUGACCACAUAAAAAUGAGCAUCGUAUUUCUGUUCGUUGAGUCAGUGAAGGUUUUCAAUGUUUUAUCGUAUUAUGAAAUUCUGUUCGCCCUGAUUUGGGUAAUUUGGUUCAUCCACAAGAAAAGGAAGAAUGCUUAUGACUCGAUACCUUCGGAUGAGUUGGUAGAAAGUAAACUAGCGGAAUGGCAACCGGAGCCUCUCGUACCAGAACCACCGGCAAAACAUCCUUCGUUGACUCCCAGAUACAUCACUUCUAGAAUUGGAAAGCGAAUAUCGAUCAAUGGCAAGGAUUGCCUCAAUUUGGGUACUCACAAUUAUUUAAAUUUGAGUAACAAUCCCAAAGUAGAGGAGAAUGCAGUAGCUGCCGUAAAGAAAUAUGGUGUUGGAUCUUCUGGGCCACGUGGUUUCUAUGGAACUAUUGAUGUACAUCUUGAAUUAGAAGAACGCCUGGCUAAGUUUACGAAUACAGAAGAAGCUGUCGUAUAUUCGUAUGGAUUUAGCACCGUAGCUUCCGCAAUUGCAGCUUACUGCAAAUGCAACGCUUUAAUAUUUGUAGAUGAGCAAGUAAACUUUGCUAUACAAAAAGGAUUGGAUGCAUCUCGAGCAAAUAUCCAAUACUUUAAACACAAUGAUGUUCAAGAUUUACAUAAACUUUUAAUAAAACAAGCUGAAGUGGAUAAACGAGAUUUUAAGAAAGCUGCCAAAAUUAAGCGCUUCUUGAUAAUAGAGGGUAUUUAUAACAAAACGGGAAACAUUUGUCCUUUGCCUGAACUAUUAGAUCUUUGCAAGAAAUACAAAUUAAGAAUCUUCAUCGAUGAAUCUAUAUCACUCGGUACUAUUGGUCCACAUGGGAAAGGUGUUACAGAAUAUUUUAAUAUUCCAAUAACUGAAAUAGACAUGAUAAUGGGAUCUUUAGAAUUAGCUUUUGGAUCCAUUGGAGGCUUUUGUGUAGGGACGUCUUUUGUUAUUGAACAUCAACGUUUAUCUGGACUUGGUUACUGUUUUUCAGCUUCUUUACCACCUUAUCUCUCAUCUAUUGCCAUUGCUUGUCUAGACAUUGUGGAAAGUAACUUGCAAAUAUUUCAAUCUUUAAAAAAUAAUGCUUUAGCAAUAGAUAAUGGUCUUAAAAAUAUUUCAAUAUUUGAAUGUUCAAGUUUCGCAGAGUCACCUGUGAAGCAUCUAUAUUUAAAAGACAAAAAAGACUAUGCCACUGAAAAGAAAUUACUAUCUGUAAUUUCAAACAAGUGUAUAGAGAAUAACUUAGCAAUUAUACUUCCCGUCUAUCUGGAAAGAGAAAGAGUUAAACCAAGGCCUAGUCUUAAACUGUGUAUAUCUACUGAGUUGUCCAAGAGUGAUAUCAAUUUUACACUAAAUACCUUGGAAAAAUGUGCGCAACAAGUUUUAUCGUGUCAUUUUACACACGAAACAAACGAAUCUUUAGAAUAAUGUAUUUAAAUAAGUAUAAAUAUAUCUUAUAUAAACAAU